AUGCGGUACGUCAUUUUGGCCCUCCUAGCCGCGUCCGCAAGAGCCGGCUGCACCGUUGAGAGCCAGACGUGCUACGUGGACAAUGAGGCACGCAUUCUUGGCCAUGACAACGUGGCCAUGGGCGCCAUCACGCCGCAGUACUGCGCCCAGCUGUGUGCAAACGGGAAGUUUGCGCUGGCAGGCACUGAGUUUGGAUCGGAGUGCUAUUGUGGAAACAAGUUGAAUACGCAGACGCCCCAGAAAGUCGAAAAUUGCAGCACAGCCUGCAAUGGGGAUGGUAAACAGAAGUGUGGAGGCUUUUGGUCCAUUGCAGUCUUCCAAGUCAAUUGCAGUGGUGCGCCAGAGCCUCCACCCAAGGGCCCCCCCAAGCUGGUGAAUCCUUGCCUGGGUGACACCAAGUUUUCCAAGAUGCCUUUCUGCAAUGUCUCCCUCGCCCUCGACGACCGCGUUGCGGAUGCCGUGAAGCGCAUGACAUUACAAGAGAAGAUCGGAGCUCUUGGGACCAGCACCCCCGCCAUUCCUUCUCUGGGUCUCAACUCCUACAACUGGUGGUCCGAGGCGACGAGCGGCGUAGCGGACGCCGGCAAUCUGCAAACCACCAAGUUCCCCUAUCCGAUCACCACUGGCAUGAGCUUCAACCGAACCCUCUGGACGUUGGUGGGGCGUCAGAUCGGCCGAGAGGCCCGGGCGGCUAUGAAUGCGGGUCAGGCCUACUCCAGCUUCUGGACGCCGGUCAUCAACCUCGCAAGGGAGCCCAGAUGGGGUCGCAACAUCGAGACCCCAGGGGAGGAUCCCUAUCUCACGGGCGCGUAUGCAGAGAAUUUCGUGCGGGGCUUCCAGGAGGCCCCUGAGGACCCCUAUCACAUCCAGGCCAGCGCUUGCUGCAAGCACUACGUGGCAAACGAGAUGGAGGGCACCACGCAGAAGGAUGGAGAGCACCAGGACAGGCAGCACGUGGACUCGGAGGUUUCGAUGCAGGACCUCGUCGACUCCUACAUGCGCCCCUUCCAGACCUGUGUGGAGAAGGGCCGGGUGACAUCCCUGAUGUGCAGCUACAACGCCGUCAACGGAGUACCCUCUUGUGCAAACGACUGGUUGCUGCAGACUGUUGCUAGGGACAACUGGGGCUUCGAUGGCUACAUCACCAGCGACUGCGAUGCUGACUCAGAUGUCUUCAAUUCGCAUCACUACACUGCAACAGCCGAGGAGGCUGUAAAGGAAGUGCUCCAUGCCGGCACGGAUGUUGACUGUGUAUCCUUUGUACCUCAGCAUGCGCAGUCUGCCCUGGACAAGCAUCUUAUUUCGGAGGCCGACAUUGACGCACGUUUGAAGAUGCUCUUUCGGGUUCGUAUGCGACUUUCCCAUUUUGAUCCGCGAGGACCGCUGAACAGCAUCUCCACUACUGAGAUUUGCAGCGACUACGCUGUGCAGCUGUCGCAGGAUGCAGUUCGCCAGAGCGCAGUCUUGAUUAAGAAUGUGCACAACACGCUUCCGUUGGACCGCACGAAGGUGGGCACGGUUGCUGUCAUCGGGCCGAACAUCGAUGCUUUCCACGGUGAUACCCAUUACUAUGGCCCAAAGCAUCCGUGUGGGAAUCGCUUCUGGACCCUCGUAGAUGCCUUGAGCAAUGGAGGGCAGGUGAAGACCGUCAGCGCACCCGGGGUACCGACUGCUUUGUCUGAAGACCAAAGUGGCAUCCCAGAUGCUGUCAAGCUGGCUCAAAGUGCCGACACAGUAGUCUUGGCUGUGGGAACCGACUUGAAGUGGGCAGGAGAGGGCCACGAUGCCACUAAUAUUUCUUUCACGACGGCCCAGAGUGUGCUGAUCGAGAAAGUUGCGGAAGCAGCCAAGAAGCCGGUCAUCCUUGUGUCGCUGACCGCGGUGCCCCUAGACUUGUCUGCCAUGCUGGCGAAUUCCAAGAUUGGUGCCGUGCUGCACUUGGGCCAGCCAACCGUUGCCAUCCCCGGUGUUGCACCCAUCAUCUACGGUGAGAGCUCACCUGCGGGACGGACCAUCCAAACUGUCUACGAGUCAUCAUACCAGGAUCAGAUUUCAAUAUUUGAUUUUGGGAUGCGCCCGGGUCCUUCCAAGUUUGCGCGGCCGGACUGCACCGACCACAACGUGAGCAGAUGUCCCAAAGGCACCAAUCCGGGCAGGACGUAUCGGUUCUACACGGGCAAGCCCGUCGUACCUUUCGGCUUCGGUCUGUCCUACACCAGCUUCAGUUACUCCAUUGUGAAGCAGCCGUCCACACUGUCGCUGGAUGCCUUGCAAGGCCUGCUGAACAAGCUCUACGGCCCCAGCAACGUCUUCCCUCGGGGUGCUGACGUGGAAGCUGCCAUGGUAGGCAUCUCUUGGUCCUCUAUGGCAGAGUUCGUGGUGAAGGUUACCAACACGGGGAGCAGAGAUGCUGAUGAUGUCGUCCUCGGUUUCCUCACACCGCCGUCAGCUGGCAAAGACGGGGUUCCUGUGAAGGUCCUCUUCGGGUUCCAGCGAGUUCAUGUGAAGGCAGGUGCUAGUGCAACAGUCACGUUGUACCCGUCCCUCAUGGACUUCACGCGAGUAGCAUUGGAUGGACAGUUUAGUGUUCAUUCCGGCGAGUACGGUGUCCACUUUGGCGUAGUUGAGUCUCAUGCCUUUGGCAUGGGCUACGUCGAAGGGGCGCCAAUUUCAGCCACGCAGUCUUCAAUUAAAUAUUAUGUGUAG